AGCCGAUCAUUCCGCCUGGCCGCCCCUGCUGCUCUAGUGUAGAGUAGAGAGAGAGGGGGAGAGAGAGAGAGAGAGGGGGGGAUGGCUCGACGCAUCAGCAUCCAAAACACACGGGAGCGGUGCGCCACCGAGACCGGAGCCCCGGACCCACCCGCGGUAGCGUCACGCUCGCCGCUCCGCCGUCACGCCUCCUCGCCGCACGGCAGCGCCUCAGCCUCCGUCAGAGACAUUAAUCAUCUCUCGCUCCGUUUCUGCAUGUGAUUCCUUCACGAGGACUGGAGGGAAACUACCUGGACUGCGUUUCCUCAAUGAAGACCUUUGUCCGGCGACACCCGGCGCAGCGCCCCUCCUCUCCUGCCAUGGUGACAUGACGCAGCCCUUGGUGGCGCUGCUCCUCUCUCGCUCAUAGGCAAUCUUUUUUCUCGGGGGCUUCUCAAACCCCUCCAACACGUUUGCGCCGAAGCCUCCGGGAAACGCGGCGCGUCCCCCUUCCUCCGUUUGCGAUGACGGUGGCCGUGCGAUUCCGCCGCCACCUGCGCAGGCUCCUGCUGCUGCUGGCCUCCUGCUGCCUCCUCUCCCUGCUCCUCUCUGCCUACUUCCUCUUCACCAACUCCACCCCCUCCAUGCAGCUGGGACAGUCCCCGGAACCCGCCUGCUCCCAGCAGCUCUCCAUGUCGCCGUACCGCCAGCUCCCGUACCCGUACCCGCCCAACCCGCCCCACACGCACGUCCACACCGACCCAGUGGUGCUGGUACUGGUGGAGUCCCAGUAUUCCCAGCUGGGCCAGGACAUUGUGGCCAUACUGGAGUCCGCGCACUUUCAGUUCCGCAUGGAGAUCGCCUCAGGGAAGGGCGACCUCCCGCCGCUGACGGAAAAGGGCCGCGGACGCUAUUCCCUAAUCAUUUACGAGAACCUGUUGAAGUAUGCGCACGCCGACACGUGGAACAGGCAGCUGUUGCAUCAAUACUGCACCGAGUACAGAGUGGGGAUCAUCGGAUUCUACCGCUCCACGGAGAACUCGCCGUCGCUCCUCAGACUGCGAGGCCUCCCGCUCGUGCUCCGGACCAACCAGGCUCUGUGGGACUGCUGCGUCGUGUCCAGUUCGCCCCUGCUGCACCUGACCAAGCCCGGCACAGACAGAGGAGCCCUACCCGGGGAGGACUGGACCACCUUCUCCUCCAAUCACUCCACGUACCAGGCCGUGUUGUACGCCCGGCCCAGAGAGGGAGCGGGGGCAGGCAGCGGCGAUAAUCCGGCGCCGGGCUUCAGUUCAGGCCACCAGGCCACUGUGGUGCAGGACCUGGGACUGUACGACGGCGUGAGGAGGGUUCUGUUCGGCCAGGGACUGGGCUACUGGCUCCACAGACUCAUCCUGGUGGAUACCAUCUCCUACCUCACGGACCGGAAGCUGACUCUGGGGCUGGACCGACACAUACUUGUGGAUAUAGACGACAUUUUUGUGGGGAAGGAGGGAACGCGCAUGAACGCCAAGGACGUGAAGGCUCUCAUUGACACCCAGAAACAGCUUCGUUAUCAGAUCUCCAACUUCACCUUCAAUCUGGGCUUCUCUGGAAAGUUCUACCACACAGGCACAGCGGAGGAGGAUGAAGGGGACGACUUGCUGCUGAAGUAUGUGGAUGAGUUCUGGUGGUUCCCCCACAUGUGGAGCCACAUGCAGCCUCACCUCUUCCACAACGAGUCCUCGCUGCUGGAGCAGAUGGUCCUCAACAAGGAGUUCGCUCUGGAGCACAGCAUCCCGGUGGACAUGGGCUACGCCGUGGCUCCGCACCACUCGGGCGUCUACCCCGUGCACCUGCAGCUCUACGAGGCCUGGAGGCGCGUGUGGAACAUCCGGGUCACCAGCACCGAGGAGUACCCGCACCUCAAGCCCGCCCGCUACAGGAAGGGCUUCGUGCACAGCAGCAUCAUGGUGCUGCCCCGGCAGACGUGCGGCCUGUUCACGCACACCAUCUACUACAAGGAGUACCCGGGCGGCCCCAAGGAGCUGGACAAGAGCAUCGGAGGGGGGGAGCUGUUCCUCACCGUGCUGCUGAACCCGAUCAGUAUAUUUAUGACCCACCUGUCUAACUAUGGCAAUGACCGCCUGGGUCUUUACACCUUCGUCCACUUGGCCUCCUUCCUUCACUCGUGGACCAACCUGAAGCUGCACACGCUGCCUCCGCUGCAGCUCGCCCACAGAUACUUCCAGCUUUUCCCAGAACAAAGGAACCCACUGUGGCAGAAUCCAUGUGAUGACAAACGACAUAAAGACAUAUGGUCCAAAGAGAAAACCUGCGACAGGUUGCCCAGGUUCAUGGUUAUAGGGCCACAGAAAACAGGGACGACAGCACUUUAUCUCUUCCUACUCAUGCAUCCCUCCAUCUCCAGUAACUUCCCCAGCCCCAAGACGUACGAAGAGGUCCAGUUCUUUAACACCAACAAUUACCACAAAGGAAUCGACUGGUACAUGGAGUUUUUCCCGGUGCCCUCCAACGUGAGCACGGACUUCCUGUUUGAGAAGAGCGCCAACUACUUCCCCUCCGAGGAGACGCCGCGUCGCGCCGCCGCCCUGCUGCCCAAGGCUAAGGUCAUCACCCUGCUCAUCAACCCGUCCGACAGGGCCUACAGCUGGUACCAGCACCAGAGAGCGCACGAGGACCCGGCGGCGCUGCGCUUCACCUUCUAUGACGUCAUCAGCGCCCGACCCGAGGCCCCGGCCGAGCUGCGCUCCCUGCAGAACCGCUGCCUCGCGCCCGGGCUCUACUCCACACACCUGGAGCGCUGGCUCACGUUCUACCCAGCCAACCAGGUGAUGAUCAUAGACGGCCACCAGCUGAGAACUGACCCUGCAGCAGUGAUGGAUGAGGUCCAGAAGUUCCUGGGGGUCACUCCUCAUUUCAACUAUUCCCAAGCUCUUACGUUCGACCCUCAGAAGGGAUUUUGGUGUCAGCUGCUGGAGGGAGGAAAGACGAAGUGUCUGGGGAAGAGCAAAGGGAGGAAGUACCCUCCUAUGGAGCCGGAGGCGCGUGCGUACCUCUCCAGGUUCUACAGGGAGCACAACGUGGAGCUGUCGAAGCUGCUGCACCGCCUGGGACAGCCGCUGCCCUCGUGGCUGAGGGAGGAGCUGCAGAAGGUUAGAUAACCUUUGCGUCUACGAGCCAGGGUUAAAGGUCAAGUGGCCAAAGACCAAGACGUGAGCAGCAGCCAGCAACCUGACCUUCAGAUACACUGUCUGUGGCCUUUCAGGGAACCCUGAGGUGGAGACAAGGACGGGAUCCUCGUCUCACCUGGGAGUCGUUGGAGACUCUGAGGGAGCAGUGACCGCGGAAGCAGAAAGAGACUCUGAGGAGAGAAACUGGAUGAUGACCAGGACACGUGCCCAGUGAGGUGGGACUAAGCAGAGGAGCCACAUUAUUGCGACGAGGGGGGGCGAUGCGCAGACCCUGACCUGUGCUGAACUGCACCCCUGCAGUGACGGUUGUUGCGUUCCCGUGGAUUUUCACCCCUAAGUUAUGACGCCAGAGCAGCGCUGGUCAGCUGUUCCCGUAGGUUUGACUUUGCACUACGUUCUGCUACAUUACACCAAUCUCCGAACACAAAACCCACACGCGGCCAAUGUGGUUCGUUUUGUCUUUCUAUUAUUUUUUUUUUUACAGUGAGAGAGAAUAAAGAAAAGGUGCACAGACUCGGGGCGAGUGACAGACGGUUACUUUCUGUUAAAAUGUGAUUUUUCAAGGUGAAGCCAGUGUCUGGUUGCCUUGUUCACCUUUAAAGAUGUCACCUAUGGCUUUCACAGACUAGCAAUGAGUCACUGAAACAGGAUGCUUUGCCCGCUCAUUAUUUUCCUGUGACAAGCCAUGCAGCAUAAUAUGAUGUCUGUAUGGUAGAGCAUGGACUGAGCAGGCAGGAGAACUGACCAAAACAAGUCUGAUGGCGGUGAAAUUAAACUCUGGAGUCUUUAUGUAGCUGCUUUUGUUUUCUCAGUGUCUGAUUCGAAGACUCGACAUCCUUUUGGUUUCCUUCCUGAAACAUCAGCAUAUGUUGUUCAGCUUCAAUUUGAAUGCAACAACCUUUAAAUGUCAAACACAAAAACCAAAAUUAAAGAAAUGGAUAUGACAUAUAUCA